AUGCCCGGCAUGUACGCUAUCCGGCCCUGCUCAAAAGCGAUCUCACUGUCCAAAAAGAAAGACUCGACUGGGCAACUCAUGCCAAAUAUCCUCCCAUGCCGUAUUCACCACGAUGGUCCAAUUAACUCGUGGGACCGGUAUUGGACAGUGAAAGACGAGAAAGAUAAUACACAAACGGCACAUUUUCGCGGACGCAAACUCCGAGGUCGGCGCGUCGCCCUUCCUGAUGGCUAUCGAGGUGUCAUCGCAACACACACAGACCGUGUGUUACCUGCAACCCAACGGGCAGACGAUGGCGGCGCCGAGGAAGCAGAGGCUGAGCCUGAGGAACCAGUGAAGAUUAUGGAAAUGCAGGGGACGUUUGAUGAGUUUGUCGUAUGGGGACAUGAGGCUCUUCCUGCAGCAGACGACACUUUUGUCAAGGGGGUGGAGGAGUGGCUGCAGUUUGCGGACGCGAUGCAUACAACUCCAACAUCAGCGGCGAAUGGAAAGGAAUCAGCUGCUUGA